AUGAGCUCGCAAAUUGAAAGCUCGGAGUACGAAGACGCCGCGGAGAUUUCGGUCGUGAAAGUUGGCCCAACAACUAAGACUGAACAGGAUCAACCAACAAGAAGAAGAUCAUCACGUAACUCGUCUAUCAACGCGAAAGAGCGUAUUACUGUGACAAAGCAAGUCAUGUCCGGCAAAUACGACUUCGACAAUAAGGGAAGGCUUAUCAUGGAGACUCCAAAGACUCAGCGCAUCAAGACGCCCAAGAAGGUUGCUGAAAUUCCGAAAAUUGAUCGCAAGCUUGAAAAGAGAACCAGAAGCGAUUCUUCGGGAAAGAGCGUUGCCACUGUGAUCAGAAAGAGUCCAAAGCUGCGGAAGAAUAAUUCACGGGGAAAUGAUACAUCGGUCGGAUCUGCCAAUGCUUCAAAGGAGGUGCUUGGUGCUGACAAGAUUUCAAAGCUAGGAUGUUCUCCCAAGAAGCAUGCUGAUGUUAACAACACUUCUAUUGCCACUAGAAAACAACCGCAACGACGUUCCAAUAAGCAUCUUGAUGCUGAAACGGCUUCUACUGACACUGCAAAAGAACUUUCUGAUGUUGGCCAGGCCUCUACUGUCACAGCAAAACGAUCACGAGGACGCCCUUCCAUGAAGCAUUUGGACAAAACUUCGUCGACCCCUAUUCCAAGCUACUCUCAAAUUCUCCAGAUGGAAAAAAAAGAAGCUGUUGAAAAAGUCACGGAAGAAACACCGAAACGUAGAAAGGCUCGAUCUGCUGGUCAAGCUGACCCAAAGCCCAAGACUAAUUUUGACGCUGCAAAUAAGAAAGAGACCAAGCUCGUUGAAGGUUGGGUUGAUUGGAUUGAAGCUCGUGUGGACUAUCUGGAAAAGCUCGUUUCGACUGUAGCUAUAGAUACGGCUCAAACCGUUUAUGCCGAUGUAAAUGAUGACCUUCAGCAAAUUUCCACGUUGAAAGAUGCUUCGCUUCAGCGACAGUUGGCGCCCGGCGUUUUCUUGGAGCAAUAUCAGAAAGAGGUUCAACAAUGGCAGCGACAAUCUCAUCCACCAUGUCCAGUUCGUCAACAUGAUCUAAUGGAGUUGUCAGUUCGGCCUUCUGGCCAAAAGCGUCUGCAUCGAUCCGCCCACAAUCUGGAUCAAUCAGGAAUGUCCAAGUAUCUCGAUCCAGCCAAUAUCACACUCGAGCCUGAAGCUGCUUCCGAAGAGACGCUGGAUUUGAAUGUUGUUACCGCUAAUCAAGUUGGAUCAGGUCAUGCUGCACUCCCACCUGAGUACGAGGAAAUGGAAUAUGGCAGUAAAAUCGGUUUCUGGCUGGAUCGAUGCGACGAAGACGACAAA